AUGCAUUUUUCUCUGCACAAGGAGGGGCCUGUGUACGACCCCCGGGCAUCGCCGGCGGAGCGCUCGUGUAAACAGCCCGCGGAGCCGGGUGGCCGCGGGGCGGAGCGGGGCGGCCGCGCCAGGUCGGGCGGGCCGCGCGCCUCCUGCCUCCCGCCCGGGUCUGCGGUGUCGGCCGGGGCGCCGCCGACCGCCGCGGUGAUGCGGCGGGAGGGGUGGAGCCGCCGCGCCCCGGCUCGGUUUGGAGUCCUCGCUCGGCCGGCGGGCGCGCCCAGCGCUCACUGCUGA